AUGGCACAAGGAACGAUCUUGCCUGCAUUCCAAAAACUCCCUGAGGCCGAUACGGUAUGGGAGAACUAUAAUAAACCCGGAGGCAAAUUUGGACUGUUGGACAGAUCGAAGGAGGUUCCUGGUAUCAAGGGGGACUUUGACGCCAUCCCUAUCAUCGACAUCGGUGGCAUUUUCAGUGAUGACCUCCAAGUCAGGAAGGCCGUUGCCGUCAAAUUGCUAGAUGCGUGCACCCGGAUUGGCUUCUUCUACAUCAAGAACCACGGUGUGCCGCAGGAAAUGGUCGACGGUGUCUUCGACUGGGCUGAGAAGUUCUUUCAAAUGCCUCUAGAUGACAAGAUGGAAUUUUUUGUGACUAACUCCCAUAAUCUCCGUGGAUAUACUCCACCUGAAAGCUCAGGUCGAUUGGACAAGGAUGGUCGAGGAAAUCGGAACGAACAUUGGGAAUGGGGCCACGACUCCAAGCUCAACGAUGACCCAGACGAAAAGUAUCUUUGCCCUCACAUGAAUGGCGAGAACCGCUGGCCUUCAAAACUGCCUGGAUUCGAAGAGCAUCUUUCUACGUAUUACAGAACCUUGAGAGAUCUCGCUCGAAAGCUUACUCGCAAUUUGGCUCUUGCAGUCGGUCUCUCAGAGGCCUUCUUUGAUCCCUUGAUGACCCAUCCUGGUUGUACAGCGGCCUUGGUCCGCUAUCCCCCACAGCCUUCCCACUCAUUCGACUAUGGCAUUCGCCCUCACACAGAUGUUGAAUUCCUAACUAUUCUCUCCCCCGGCCAAGUGCCAGCCCUGCAGGUUUUGAACAAGAACGGUGACUGGAUCGAGGCUCCACCUUAUCGCGGCAUGUUUAUCGUUAACGUCGGCGACCAACUUCAGGCUUACACCAACGACAUCCUCGUGUCGACUGGACACCGGGUCCUUAAUUGGUCGGGUGUCGAGAGGAUCUCGGUACCGUUCUUCUUCUCCAUGAAUUUCGAAGCGGUCGUCGAACCAAUCCCAGAACUGGUCCAGCGUGCAUUGAAGAACGGAGAUCCUGUUUCCGAUCACCCGUCGACUACUGCUGGAGAGAUGUACAAGUCCAUGAAAGUCAUCUACCAUCGCCACACCAAUGAAGUGCCAAAGUACAAAAAGUGGGUGAAGAACAAUAAUGUCGUUGAGGCCACGGCCUAA